AUGCGGAACUUCAGGCGACGGCUGUCAGAGACUUCUCUGCACGAUGAGGGACCGCAAACCGAGCGUCCUGCUAAGCGCAGGCCAAAUGUAUACGAUGCCAUAGCGGGCAGAGUAACCGAUGACGGUGUCAUUUAUCCCAAUCGCCCCAGCACCGUCAAACCCAAAACCAAGGUGCAGCCUCUGCGUCCGGAUGAGAUUCUCUACAAAGCCCGCAAGGCACCAGUCAGAUACGACGAAUCCGACCACUACUUUGCACAUGCGAACCUCCCCGAAGACCAGGGUUUACCGAGCGGCGAGCUGUUGACUGCAUUGCAUGCAUAUAUCUCGAACUUUUAUGCGAGGAGCCAAAGACGUGUCAACCAGAAGGUGUGGAAGAGCAUGGACGAGACGGCGCUUAUUGCGCUCGGUAUACUCAUAGAGGAGACGACGAAAGAGAUUCUGGGAGAAACGGGAGACUUUGUUUUUACGGAGGGGAUGGAGGAGGGCGAAGAAGAGGCAGAAGCGGAUGAUAUCGUUCGGCAGAGGAUAAGAGCGCAGAAUGAGAGGCCAAGCGAGGCACGCAGUGACAGGGAAUAUGAACUGUGGGAUGCCGCGGAUGAGGAAGAGGAAUGGAUGAAUGAGGAGCCAGAAUCGAGCGACGGAUCCUCGAGGUCGUCUUCAGUGGACUGAGGCUCGUAGUCCCAAAGGCACCAUGCUUGCCUCACUUUCUGGGGUGCGCAUGCCUGAUAAAUGAAUGCGGUAUAAGGAUUGUAGUUGCUCCCCUCUGCCAUUUCUGCCAUCCCUCUCUGUGGACAAUACGUACUUGGGUACCGGCAUAUACCUAGGUAUCCGGGCAUGCGUUGGUGCGGACUUGGCAUCAUGAAGAAGGAAGGAACGAUAAUGGGACCAGCGGCAUCCCUGGCUGGGGCCUAUACUCCGCUGCAUCUGCACACCUUGGUUCUCUCACGGUGAACAUUG